UUCUCCGGGUUGUAGAAACCAGUAUCCCUUCUUCUUCUUCAUCUUCCGCCCGCAAACAAACCCAAUUAGCUGAUUGUGUUGUCUGUAAAGGCGGCAGCUUUAUCUGCGUUUCUUCCUCUCCCCAAUCUCCAGAUUAAUCGGGGAGUUGCAUUCGCGAAAUGGUACAGAUUCUUGGAGCUGUUCGUCCUACUCCAUCUUUCCUGAUUUCUUUCGCUCGUUCAAGGCUUCAGUCCUCUCUUUGUGGUCGAUCAAUCUCACGUUCUGGUCAUGGAUCCUUGCCACUCAAUAGUAUCUUACAGGCUUGCCUCAAAUCGAGUUUACAAAAUGUGGAACAGAAACCAGUGGGGAAGUCUGAAAUAAUUUUUCUCGGGACAGGAACUAGUGAAGGAAUACCUCGUGUUAGCUGCCUAACUAAUCCUGAAAAGACCUGUUCGGUGUGUUCAAAGGCUGUAGAACCCAAUAACAAAAAUAGGAGACUCAACACAAGCAUCCUUAUUCGGUCCCAAGGAGGAUUCAAUAUUCUUAUAGAUGCUGGAAAAUUCUUCUAUCAUAGUGCUCUAAGAUGGUUUCCCACAUUCGGGCUAAGAACAAUUGAUGCAGUCAUUAUUACUCAUUCUCAUGCUGAUGCAAUUGGAGGUCUGGAUGAUCUUCGUGACUGGACAAACAAUGUUCAACCCUAUAUUCCAAUUUAUGUUGCAGAACGCGAUUUUGAGGUGAUGAAAAAAACUCAUUAUUAUAUAGUGGAUCCCAGUGUUGUCACACCUGGUGCUGCUGUGUCAGAUCUGCAAUUCGAGCUCAUACACGAGGAGCCUUUCAAAGUGCACGAUCUAAAGGUUACUCCUCUACCUGUUUGGCAUGGACAUGGUUAUCGUUCUCUUGGUUUCAGAUUUGGCAAUACCUGUUACAUUAGCGAUGCCAGUGAAAUCCCUCAAGAAACAUAUCCUCUUCUUGAGGAUUGUGAACUCCUUAUUCUGGAUGCAUUGAGGCCGGGUCAAUCUUCUGCGACACAUUUUAGUCUUCCACGGGCACUGGACGAGGUGCGAAAAAUUCGGCCAAAAAGAACACUGUUUACAGGUAUGAUGCAUCUAAUGGAUCACGAGAAGGUGAACGAGGAUCUAUUGAAAUUGAGGGAUACAGAAGGUCUCGAUGUGCAAUUGAGCUAUGAUGGGCUUCGGGUGCCAGUGAUUUUGUAGGAUUUUUUUUCAUCAUUUUUAUUGAACAUUCUUAUCAUAUGAUUUUGCAUAUAAGAAUAUGGAGUAGGAAUAGAGAAGGCAAUUUCAGAAAGAAUCCAACCAAACUGGAUGGUUUUUCUACUGUUUGACUAAAUAAGAAAAUGAUUCUACUUACAAAUCCUAUUCGACUAGAUUUUAGAUGAUUUUAUUUACAAAUCCUGUUUGGGAACUAAUAUAUAAUUUAUUAUUGGUUA